AUGGAGGAAAAAGAUUUGAUUUGCGAUAUGAAUACAGAAAAUAAAAGACUCCAAGAUGGAAUGAUGGUAAGGAAUAGGAAUGGAUUUACGUUUAAAUUUUACAACCGGGAAGAUCACGAGAGUGACAUGUUAACUAGGCCACAAGUCCAACAAAAUCGACGGAACAACCACAUUGUUACUUAUGCAGACGUGGAUUUUUCACUAGUGGAUUCUCUUGUUGGCAGGCAGGUGGUGUAUGGGAUUGGUAAGGACUUGGCACGUGGCAAGAUGAGCUUUAAUUUAACAUCGGUUGCCAUGGUUCAAUGCAAGGUUGAGCUCUCGGUUGUUGGUGAAUCUGGGAACUUGAUUGGUGGAGCUAAGAUAGAGGUAAUUGCAAGGAUAAAAACUGCUACAUAUGGUACAGAUGAUGAUGAGUUGGGUGCCGGAAAAUGA